ACAUCAUUUGCAAGUGCCAAAAACACCCAUAUAUCUGCAUGAUUUUCCUUCCACUACACAAAAACAAAACAUCUCUUAUGGAGAAAUUCUCAAGGCUUUUAUCUCUAUUUCUUGUUCUCUUUAUCUAUGAUAUCAUUUACACAAGCAAAAUAGUGCAAGCAGAUGAUGAUUUUAUUCAAAAAACUUGCAAAAACACUCAAUACUUUGAUCUAUGCAUCUCUUCCCUAAAAUCGAAUCCUUCGAGCUCGCAGUCGGAUCUCAAAGGAUUGGCAACUAUUAUGGUAAAUGUGGGAAUUGCUAAUGCAUCAGACAUUUAUGCUUAUUUGUCAUCCCAACAACUAAGCAGCAGCAGAAGUGGUACAAAUAUGAAGAUGGUAUAUCAGUUGUGUGCUUCCAAGUAUUCAUAUGCUAAUGAUUCUCUUAAGUAUUCACUCCAAGAUUUGUCAUUGGAAGAUUAUGAUUAUGCUUCUAUUCAUGUAAUGGCGGCUGCCGAUUACCCAAAUGCUUGUCGCAAUGCGUUUAAACGUUAUCGUGGUCUGAGUUAUCCUAGAGAGCUUAAAGUUAGAGAGGAUGGAUUCAAGCAUAUUUGCGCUGUAGUUUUGGGUAUCGUUGAUCAACUUUAUUCUAUUAAUAAUCGUUCCUAGUUUGUAAUUUAUCCCCUCUUGUUUUAAUUUUUAUAUUACGUUUGAUGGCAAAGCAGCUAUGCUGGUUUUUGUUCUUGUUCAUUGUUAAAUAUGCUGAGACCAGUUUCAUUGGGUCA